AUCAAAGACGAAGCCCUUCCUAACAAUUGGUCAUCGACGAAGAUGUGUCCAUUGAAUAAUGAUCAGUAUAUUUGUGAAUUUGAGAGAUGAAGACGGCUUUUUGUCUUUAAAUAAUCAAUCAUAUUUGAUAGAUGUGGCAAACUGUUUACUUUUGCACAGUGCACGCGACUGCCGCCAGAGGGCUGGUUGUGAUUUUCCUUAUUUACCCAGAAGCCUGUGCGCUUCGAACCGCGGAUCGAAAUCAAAAUGGCUAUGCAUCGUCCGUCGCAAAUGAGACGGGGCUCAAAAAAUGAUACAGAAAAAGAAGAAGAUGAGGAAACAGAAAAUAAUGGAUAUAUUCAAGUGUUCGUCAAGCCACUGGAGCAAUGCAAUUACAGCUUUUUACUGAGUUGGCUCGGCAUAAGUAAGGCUAAUUUUACAGCACAACAACUGUUAAUAGUGUAUGGGUUUGGAGUAAUACUGUCAAGUGUAUUUCUAUAUCAGUUAUUGAAAUGCGAUGUUGGCUAUAUGUUUCAAAGAUUGUGCGCCUUGUUGGUGCCAAUGUUCAGCAUAUUGUGUGCGUUUUACUGGCUUUCCUUAUAUUUCAGACGUACAUGGAGCAACAUAAGUGUUUAUAUUUUGUUUUCUUCGUGUUACUUAGGAGAAACAUUUGCUCAAGUGUGUCUAAGAAACUGGAGUGGGUCUGGGACUGGAUCCAGUGAUGUAAAUACAGGGGAGAGUGCAUCUGGACAAGUCAGUCAGCCAAUUGUUAUAGUAACAGUUUUAUUGUCGGUCAGUGUGGCCAGUGUUUUUUCAUCACUAGAAACAGUGCACAGCGCUGUUGUGAUUUUACUUGUAAGUUUCACAAGAUUUUUAUCAUGUUCGUCAUUAUUGGACAUUCCUCAUGCUACAAGACCUUAUGUCGCAUACACAUGUGCUUUCGUAGGGAUACUAGUGUCAAAAUACAUGGAAGCCGUUAUGAAGCCUUCUGUUCAAAAUAUAUUAACUCAAGAUGGUAAAUUACCUGUUAUAAAACGCAGAAGGUCAAGCUCAUCUAGUGCACAUGGCUUUUCUGCUCAUAGAUCAACAAGAAGAACGUCUCUACCUGCACUUAUACAGAAAAAUCAGAGUGCAUCUGCUGGCUAUGAAUCUGCUAUUAUUGGUGAGGCCCAUGGGUUGAUCUCAGAUAUGCUGGCAGAUUCUAACUUACCACCACAUAUUGUCAGUGGUUUACGUGCUGUCAGUAAUCUGUUGAAACCACCUGAAAGUCAUGCUUCUAUUCAUAAACCUCGUGUUAGUCCACUUGUAUCUUUAACAGAGUCUUCUUCUUAUGGCUCCGACUCAGAAGAGAGUCCUUAUACAGGAGAACGACCCUCGUCUCUGCCAAAGCGACUGCGACGAAGCUUGCCACCAAGUUUGAUCCGUAGGAUGUCGACAAGUACUUGGACAACCACCACUUCAGCGACGGGUAUGCCAACAUUAGAGCCGGAACCAUGUCGUAUACGCAGUGCUUCCUUUCGACAUUCAAGAGAGGGAACUCCAGGUUCAAGUCCUAAUGGCAGUCGUAGCAAUAGUCCCUCUCCCAUUUCCAACACAACAGUUGUUCUAACAAUACCUAAAUCAAGGUCAUUUUCAUUAGCUGCCACUCCCAGUUCCCAAUCCCACCAAAGACGUUAUUCGCGCAAGAGUGUUGGUAACACAUCAGACAUUGGUUUUAGUCCAGUGAAAUUAGAUAGUAAAACUGUUCGGCCGAUGGCCCCACCUGAAUUUGAACAAGGGGAGGAUAGAGAAGCUGUCUCUAAACCUCUUACAAAACGAUUACAUAUUACAUCAGAUUAUGAAAGUAGUGAUUCACCGAGCAGUAGUGAUCAUAGUGAUAAUAUUGCCACCUCAGAAGAUCUUGUGGGCUCUCCUCCUAGAAAGGAAACAGUGGUACAUGUCAAUGAUAAAGAUGACGGCGAUCAGGGUAUAGAAGAUAAAGAUGAGACAGAUGGCAGCAUCUCCGAUAAUAAACUUUUAUUUGAUAUCUCAGAUGUCGAGGAACAUCCCCUUCUUCAAAUAAGUAAAUUAAAUGAAUGGGAUUACCCAAUAUUUCAAUUAUCGGACAAUUUGAAAGAUUUUAUUUUAAGUAAGGUUGCAUAUAAAUUAUUUACAGAAGUUGGAUUGUUUGAAACAUUCCGAAUACCCAUAGCAGAAUUUAUAAAUUAUUUCCAUGCAUUAGAAUUGGGAUAUCGAGAUAAACCAUAUCAUAAUAGAAUACAUGCUACAGAUGUAAUACAUGGUGUGUAUUUCUUGACAACUCAGCCUAUUCCAGGUUUCAUGCAAUCCAAUUCAACAGAAGGAAUGUCUCGACAUGGUUCAUCUAGUGAAUCAGAAAAUGAAACACACGAACGUUCUACUUUUGCCCAUCGACCAAGUUUUGCAGCUGAUGAUAGUUAUGGUAUUAUGGGUGGUAAUUUUCCUGCUCUUGAAUUAAUGGCACUGUAUACAGCAGCAGCCAUGCACGAUUAUGAUCAUCCAGGUCGUACUAAUGCCUUCCUGGUAGCUACUCAUGCCACACAGGCUAUAUUAUACAAUGAUCGAUCAGUCCUAGAAAAUCAUCAUGCAGCAGCUGCUUGGAGAGUUUUACUUACAAAUCCUAAAAAUAAUUUCUUACGUGGUUUAGAUAAUGUAGAAUUUAAACGCUUUAGAUUUCUUGUAAUAGAGGCCAUUAUAGCAACAGAUUUAAAAAGACAUUUUGAAAUUCUGGCAGAAUUCAAUGCUAAGGUAAAUUGUGAAGAAGCCCCAGGUAUCGACUGGACUCAGGAAACCGAUAGAAUGUUAGUCAUGCAGAUGGUAAUAAAAAUAGCGGAUAUAAAUGGACCGGGAAAGGCCAGAGAUCUUCAUUUUGAAUGGACUCGGCGGAUAGCUGAAGAAUUCUAUGAACAGGGUGAUGAAGAAGCAGAAAGGGGAAUGCCAAUUUCACCAUACAUGGAUAGAAAAUGUCCCCAAUUAGCCAAAUUACAGGAAACAUUUAUAAAUCAUUUAGUAGCUCCAUUAUGUAAUGCCAUGGUAACAGGUGGUCUGUUACCAGGUACCUGGGUAGAAGAAGAGAGUGAUGGUGAAAUAUCUGGUUUUUCGGAUACAGAAAGAGGAGAUCUAGAUAAUAAAGAUACAGAAGAUGAAUGUGAUUCAGAAUCAGGGACAGUGGUUGUGAAAACUCCUAAAGUAACAAGAAAAGUCAACUGUUUAUUGACUAAAAACAUGAAAGAUAAUUAUGAAUUAUGGAUUCAACGAAUAAAAGAUGAAGAGCAGCAUAAAUCUAGUGAAAAUGAAUCUGCUCAGUCAAUAUUAAAGCUUAUGGAGCGAGGAUUUCACACCAAACGGCUUGAUAAUGAACUUGAAGAUAAUGUGUUCAUAGGAUUGAUGUGGUCUCUGAUAAAUCUGAGAUGGAACCAAUUAAAGAAGAGUCUGAGUCUCCGCCGCCAUCAGCUAAGGUUGUAUCCGCCAAAUCAUCAUCAUCUUUGGAAACAACAAGUGAUGCUGGGCAAUCAUCAGAUAAACCUGGUCAUAGAAGAGAUGAACCCUGAGAACCUUGUGCUGUUUACAUUACUACCACUGAUCGGUGAUUGUGUCAGUCAGAUCUCCCCCAUAAUCUUCAAUCUAAGCUAAUAAACAAUGGUUUUUCCUUGUCAUUGGAAAUAUGUGUUCAGAAUUUGCUGUGUGUUAUCUUCUCCUUUUUUUCCCCAUUGUUAUAUUGUUGCCACAGCCAAGUGUUUUGCUUUAGUUUUACGUCAGUUUGUUAAAUGUAAGAAAUUUUGAUUUUUUUUUUAUGUGUGUAUGUCCACUUUGAAGUCAUUAUAUUGAAGUCAUUAAUUGUUGUUAAGUAUUUUCAUCUUGUGUUUGUUCAUAUUUAUUUUUGCGGUAGAAAAAAAGUUGAGCAAUACAUUAAAAUUGAAUAUGAUGGAAUAUUAAAAGGAAUAACAAUAUUAGCUUUUUAAACAAUGAUAUACCUCAAAACUUAACUGAUAUCAUGGGAAGUCUUGAUCUGACCUUGACCUUGCUCAAACCAUCUGGUAAAUGUAUUAAUUGAAAGAGAAGAGAUUGUGUAUAAAGUCAAUUGUAUAAAUUUCCACUUGAAUUUGGAGAAAUCUGUACAUGAAUAAAAGUUUAUUUAGUGAAACCCUACCUUUAAGUUUUCAUAAUAGCCUAAUGUACAUGUACAUAAAUUAUAGUGUAAUUAGUCUUGACCGUUUGACCUAUUAUUAUCUCUAUUAUAAAUAUUAUAUAUAUAGAUAUAAUGGUUUUUAGUCACAAAUUUGACUGGGAGAAUAUUAUUUUAUUGUGUACAGUGACUGAAAACAUUUGUUAUGUGGACAUUUUAUCUUAAUUAAUAUAAGUUAUAAUGAAUGGAUAAGGUCUCAUUUUAAUGCCAUCACAAGUAUUUUACCUGAAUAUGUACAGAAACGUUUAAUUUAUAUUUCUCUAUAUGUACAUUAAUUAUAUAAUAUGUAGUACCACAUAGAUCUAUAUAUUGAAAUUAGUGGUGGCUAUAAUACAAUUAUAACCUAUAUUAGAUAUAUAUUUCCUUACACUGUGUGUAUUAUAUACUAAAACUCCUCUUCAUGUUGUCAUUAUCAUCAUAUAAAUAAACUCCUCCCCACAACUUUCUAUAUUUUAAUUGUUAAACUGCUAUCAUAGAUGUUAUAAUGUGAGGUUCAAGUUGCUCCUAAUACGAUAUUUGUCAUAAUUUCCGGACAUAAAUUGCUAUAUUAUUAUUAUAUAAUAGUGUUGAACUUUUGAAAAUCAAUAUCUAUUAUUAAUAAUAAGCUGAUAAAUUUGUUAUUGCAUAAAUAUAAAACUGUUUAUUUUAGAUGUGUAGUGGAAAGAAAGGUACAAGUGGCAUUAAAAGAAAUAGGGGCAUUUUCCAUGUGUAUGUUACAGAGUUAAUUAAUUGCCUUGACACUAUUCAUUAACAUUUGCCUGGAUGUUCAAGGGAAGAUUCUCAUGUUAAACAAUUGUAUUGUUUGGAUUGAAAGAAUGUGUGGAUGUCAUUUUUUUUUUUAAAGACUUUAAGAAUGGAAUUGAAUUCUAUUUUGAGAUGGAAAGUAUUUAAAAGAAUAGUAGAAUUUUUGAAAAAAGUUAUUUCCCCUGAUAAGUGAAUUUUGAGAGCCAAAGCGGCCAUAAAGUUAAAUGUUAUUUGGUUAAAGAACCUCAAUGUAAGAUGUUUGGAAUUCCAAACAGUCUAUUAGUGAAAACACUGUACUGUAUUUUGAAUUAAUUACAAAUAACUUAUUUGAGAAUGAAUAGUUUUCUAUUAAGGUUAAUUUGUAUAUUAAAACACUUAAACUACCACUAUUAUUACUUAUACCAGUAUUGACUUGUAUGUUAUAUAUAUACUAUUAUUAUAAUUAAACGACACUUCAGAUAUUGUACAUAGUGCUAUAUUCUACCAAAUACUCUAUGAUAAUACUGUAUAAUGAGGGAAUAUGUCUAUUUUACCACAUACUAUUUAUUAAAAGAUAAAUAUUGUUUCUUGUUAUUUUAAAUGUUUAUAUUAAAUCUACUGUCGGAAUGUACACAUGAUAACGAAGGAAAUAUGUAAUAUAUGCUGGCACCAAAAAAUAUAAUAUUGUCACAAUUUUACAAAGGAAUUCUUUCUAUUUUUCUUUUUAUUGAUUUAGUUCAUUAACAUCCGACAGUAGAUUUUUAAUUUAAGAAUAUCAUGUAACCUAGAUUUGAAAGCAAAAUAUAGAUCACACUUGUUUUAUAGGUCAAUGAAUUUGUUAAUUUAUUGAUAUUAUAUGUACUAACUAUUAUUUGUGCGGAAAUGACUUUUAUUGUUCACAGGGUUUUAAACCUAACCAACACUGACCUCAUUUUUAUUAAUUCCUUAAAAUAAUCACUCUUAUUCUCUGACUGUUUCAAAAUAUAUUUUUGUUGGGUUUAAAUCUUUAUUAUUGCUAGAAAACUGAAUUGUUGAAAAUGAAGGAUAAAAAAAAAAGCUUUGAAAAAUGCUUGAAAUAAUAUUAAGAUCUUACUAUACAACUUUUGAUGUUUUUACUUUGAAAGAAAAAUUCUUAUAUUGUAAUGUUUAAAAUAAUGUGAUAAAUUUCCACAACAUGUCAAUCACAGCUGUUACUUAACAAUCGCCUAGAGGAAGAUUAAUAUGCUAGUAUACUUGCUCUAUUCUCUCAAACGAAAAGUGGUAAAGCAAAGAUGCUGAAUAUACUAAAAGGCACAAGCCAGAUCAUUCAUAUAUAUUUCAAAAGUCACAAUUAUUAUUAUGAAAUUUGUGAGUAUCAGUCCAAUAAUGGUCAAGUUCUGUUGAUGAAUUGAAAAUUUAUCACUAUUCGGAAUACUCUGCUGAUGAUAUAAACAGAACUGCUGAUGAUGAUAAAAAAAAACAGCACCGUCAGUGAUGAUCGUAUUUUUCAUCCGAAUGAAACCAGACUUGGAGAUAAUCUACUGUUGAUAUUUUGAUUUGAUUAAAUUUAAAAAAUUUUGAAAAUUCCAAAUGACACACAGAGACUUGAGUUUGAAUCAAUCGAUUUGAAUAAUUUUGGGAUCAAAAUGUUUUUCAAUAGAAGUACAUUUGAUUGUGGAUUGUCUGUAUUCUGGCAUUUUGGGGGUUUAAGCAUAAUUUAUAUUUAGAGAUAGGGUAAUUUACUGUGUAUAAUAUUAUUUUUUUAUUUAUAAUGGUACAGAUCUUUUUAUUUUAAUACUCGAUAAAAUCAAAGCUUCUUUACUUUAGAUUACAUGAUAGUUUUAAAUUAUCUUUAUUAAAGCCACUGAUUGGGGCUAGUUAUAAAUACUACAGAAUUUUAUUAUUAUAUGUUUGUUUAUGUAUUGUUAAUAUUUCACUUUCAUGUAUUGUUUAUUUUUUUCUAUAAAAAGAAUCUCUUUAUUUUUUAAGCCUUGAUUGGCUUCAGACCCUUCUUGUAACUUUUGCUUUAAACAUGCGCUGAAUAAUUAGAAAAUAUGCUGUGUAGUCAAAGCCUUUUGUAGAAUGCUACCCCAUCUGCACUUGGAUUUAAAUGGAACUGAAUAAUGGCUUAAAUCAGAAAUCCCAUAAUUUACUGAAUUUUAUUUAAAUAUGAUAUAGAUGACUUAUUAAUGCAUUGAAUCUCACCACUGCUGAUCUGUGAUUUAUAAAUAGGUGACACUUUUAAACAAAAUAUUAAGUGGUGCUAAUUUAUUAGAAGUUUAGAUUAUGUAUCAUAGUACAAAUUAUUCUCCAUUUUGGCUUAGUUCAAAGUAAGUAAAUACAUAAAUAAACUGCCACACCCAUUAUGAAUGACCACAAAUUAGCAUACUAUAGUUUGGUAAUAAUAAUAAUAAUAAUAGCAUCCUUGUUUAACGGUAAUAAAGUUCCACUUAAAAGUAUUAAUAAUCAUGAUUGAUAUAUGUACAUUAUUACUUAUUCCCAUUGUCUUCUAAUGCCAGUGUGCGUUACCAUUACUCAUUUUUUCAGGAAGAAGCCCAGCCAGCUACGAGUUCGUGAAGUUAUAUUUUAUGAUCAAAAAAAAUUGUUGAUUUUUUAAAAAAAAUAGUAUGAUGGAUUAGACAAGGAACAAAUUUAGAGAAUUGUUUUUGUUAUAGAAUCACUUUAAAAUAAUAUUAGCAUAAAAAUUGAACUCAGUACUUCUAGAAAUUUUCAUUUAAUUCUAGUUUUCUUAAUUCUUCAUUACUAACAUGUUCGAGACUAAUGGUGCUGUUAACAGUAGGACUGAUUAUUUCCUACAAUAUAUUAUGAUAUAUUAUGGUUCUAUUAUGACAUAUUAUGGUUCUAUUAUGACAUAUUAUGGUCAUCAUCUGUAAAUCAGAGUAGGUAUACUAAGAGUCAUCUUAAAUGUUUCAGGGUAAUGUUAUACUUAGAAUCCGAUAUUACAUUAAAAAAAAAAAACCCCAACAAAUCUCUUAUAAUAAUACUACAGAUCUCAUAAAGGGAAUCAAUUCUAGAAGGAUUAUCCCAAUUUGCAUAAUUUUCUGCUUUUGUGUUUUAAAUUAUUUGAAAAUAGAAAUAACAUUUUAUGGUAGAUUUUUUUUGGACUAGCUAACUAACAGUACCUGUUAAUGCUCUUUCUCAAUUGCUCAAAUUCAAUCUUGUAUCUACCAUUUUGUUUCUGAGCACCAUGUUUUAUUUAAGCUCUUUAUAACCAAUAGCAUAAUAUAUCAAUGGCUAUGAGCUAAUAGGAAGUUGUAAUCUGAAAGCAGGAUAAAAUAUGUGCUAUUAGUUGAAAAGAUGGUUGAAGAAGCAUAUAUGUUUUAAAUGUUUCAUAUAUAUAAAAGACAUGUAUUUGAUGUUUAAAAGUAACAUUGUUCAUGUUUUAUUUAUUAGUUUUCAAGCUAUACUUAUAUUCCUCUGAUGUAAUAAAAAUGUACAGUAAAGUU